CGAGUGUAAAUAAAAAAUCAGCGAAGUAGGUGGUUUAGCCCCACACGUGAACCCGCCACCGUCUCUGCCACCACCAGAGCUCACCGGCAGAACUCUCACCGCGGACCACAGUCAGUUGCACCUGACACGCCGACAUCGUCACCACCACGCGAACAGUGAACUAUUGUGAUUCGACAUCGAAAUCUCAUAAAUUUCGAUUUCAAGUAUUCUGUAUUUUUGUUAUUCUGUGUGAGUGGCGCGGAGCAUGAGACCAGAUUCAUUCUGAAUUACGACCAGGAAUACUUUAGACGAUGGCUCCCGUAAGCCCAAUACGGACUUGCGCCAUUUUGUGGCUGUUCUGCGCAAUAGCCAUCAGAGCGGAUCAUGGCGACAACUCGACCACAACCACGACCAAAACGAUCCGAACGACCCUCCUGCCUUCACGGACCACACGCACAGAACUGAAGGUUUCCAGAAGUCUGAACCCUCAUGAAACCCAGACCCUAAAUGUGAGGUCCAAGUCGGGUCAUGUGACACAAUUAAUUGUCAAGAAAAAAGAUGGCAAAUCGACGACACAGGGCCCCAGUACGACACCAGUACCUACAACUAUGUCGGUCAGAACUACCCUCACAACUUCAAAGGCAAACAUAACAAAUGAAAAUAAAAACAAAACCGAGUCAAGAGAUCAAAGAAAACUUAAUUUUGGAACAGUCAGUAGCGACCUAGCUGGCUUUGAUUAUUAUCUUAACAGACAUAAGCAUGACGACUUUGCUGAUGUUAAAGCUGAAUACGGGAACUGGUCCCCUGUUUCCGUCUACCCUGAAUCACAUAUCCAAGAGGACGGUGGGAAACCAGAGUCCGACCCAGAAACUUAUAAUUACUAUCCAACUUACGAUAACGAAAAGCAAACGGAGAACAAAAAAGUUUAUAUAACAUCGAAGAGUUACACGGACUACAGCGGUCCUAUUAAGAGCUACAGGUUCGAUCCUUACAACCCAGUUAUAAAGAAUGACAGAAACCCCGUCUACAUAGAAGUUGUUAGUACUAAGGUGUCCGACGAAGAUACGAAACCGAUCAAAGUUCCUGACCCAGUAGUAAUAAGCUCUGAGCCCAUGUAUUUAAAGAAAGCUAUCGACAAAUACAAUAAUAAACGCGGCAGAUCCAUUCUUACUUUGGGUGAUGAUGGUAUUCCAGAAAUACAAGGAAUAAGAAUGCCAGACGAUGAAUCAGACAAAAAAACAUGGAGAAAUGCAAGGGUAGUUAACGGGGAAUUGAUACCCUACCCCGAAGGUUACACACCGCCGCGAGCUAUCCCCGAGGCUGACGUUUACCCUGAUAUAGCGGCAGAAGAACCAUCACAAAACUUGGGACCAUUUACGAAGGAAGACAAUUUUGAACCAGUAGAUGGUCCUUUUACAAAGUUUGAUAACAUGAAAUUUGAAAAUCAGGACUUUAUUCCCAGCUACUCAUACAAGCCAAAAGAAGAACAUCACUUUGUUAAAACUGGAUACGGUCCAUUCACGAAAGCUGACAACUCAAAGGUUGCUAAUUCCAAACUGAUCGAGUACAUCAAACAAAUAAAUGAACAGGAAUCUAAACGGGAUUACUUUAGUGGAAGAAGCUCAAGAGCUCAUAACGGCGACUUGGACUACGCUGAGAGUCACAUUCAACGAAGAAUGUUACAACACCCAGGAGAAGCCAACUUCCCAAACUCACUCAUGUACACUCCGAAUGACGCCAAACCUGAUUUCGAUGAAAGUGUAAGAAAUCCUGUACUGCAAUAUGCUCAUCCGGAACUUGGAGUUCAGCCUGCCAAAGCUGGCAGAGAUAACGCCGAAAACUACGACAAUAAGGAACGAAAAGUAAAGUAUUACACGAACGUUCCAAAGAGCGCUCAUCCUUAUCCGAUGGAACCCAUCAACGGAUACAAUCAACAGCGCAGCCAAAACACAGGGAUCAGCGCCAACAGGUACUAUGAGGAUGAAUAUAAUAAGUUUUCAUAUUACGAUCACUCUCACAACAAGUAUCCUUACGGUUACGGCUACGUCAAACGUGCUCCUGAACCGUCAUUCUGGCAAAGAAUUACCGAUUCAAUGAAAGAUACCAUCAAUACUGCAAGCCAAACGGUGCAUCAGUUUACGAGGCCGCUUAUCGACCCAAUAGCGAGAGUCACGCAGCCCGUUUUGGAUCCCAUAGUUGAAGCCACCCAUAAAAUAUCUCAUAAUUUGGGACUUUACCCUUCGAAUUCUAUUCAAAGUCAAAGAUACGCUCAAGAUAAAAUUGGAGUAGCCGCAGCAGCCGGAGCGCCCGCCAUGCUACCGGCUUUAGGUUUAAUGGCUGGUGGUGCUGCGCUCGGAUUAGGCGCAGUGGCCGUCGGUAAACUUCUCGACGUCAACAUCAUGCGCAGUGCGGGAGAAGACACACAAGACGAUCUCGAGAAAGAACACAAGAGAGCAUUCAUCAACGCGCCAUAUGAUAUCGAUAGAAAAAUAUUAAGCAGACAGAAGUUUUACGACGACAACUACAAAAUGCCGAGCGAAAACGUGUAUGUGGUGAUGUCACCAGAAGACAGUGAUGUGAGUCGAUCGAAAAGGAACACGGUGACCUAUUACAAUCCUUAUCAAAACUUUGUAAGGAGGAGACGGAGUGUUAAAAGAUCUCUAGGAGACGACACGUCGGGUGAUUUACAACAUUUGGAAAGCAUUUCCAGUUCUUCGAGCCUGACCUCCGCAGCCCUGGAGCUGGUCAAACAGACGGACUGGAGGGACUCACAGUGCGCAAAGUUUACGUUCUGUAAAGUGUUAACCUCGCAAUCCUCUGACUCCCUGUUUGGUAUGGAGAAGAAAAUGGAAUCUCUUCUCAAAAUGAUAUCUCGCGGGAACGCGGCGGGAGCGGCCGCAGUGGCCCACCAGCUCGGGGACGUGAUGUCGGCCAGCAGAGAUCACGACUGUUACAGAUUCCAUUGCGAUUCCAUCUGAUACUUCACCCUACCAGUCCAGACCAGUCUAUAAGUACAAAGUGUCUCGACGGACGCGUCUGAAGGGCCAGAGACAAGUAUUAGAGUUAACAUGUCAGCAGGAUUUGAACGUGCGCGCUUUAUCAAUAUGGUAUUUUUGUGAUAAAAAAUACUCGGCGAUAAAGCCGCAGGCACACAUUUAUUUAUCUUAAUGACGUAGAAAUACUUCGAUAUUCUAAGUUUUUAUGAUUUUAUUAGGUUUUAUCGAUAUUAAAGUAUUAGCUAACAUAACACAUGAUGGUAAUUAAUAAUAUUGUGUUUUUGAGAUAUAGCUCAGACGUUGUAAGAAAAAGAUAGUUAUAUUUUUACAAUGUCGUCUCGAUGAAGGAAACCGUUGCUUCAACGUCUCAUAUGACUAAACAAUGCGAGUGUUGUGAAUCUAUUUAUUCAACUUAUUUAUUUAAACCGUUUGUAGAUCAAACUAUAAUUUAUUUUAAUUAUUACUCUCGCGCUGUAAGUUGUAAAUACGCUUGGACCAAUUGUAAAUUAUUUAUUUAUUAAUAAUAAAAAUUGUAAUAACAAUA